ACAGACACACACACGCGCACACACAGACACACGCACAAACACACAGAUACACACACGCACACACACAGACACACGCACACACAGACACACACACACACGCACACACAGACACACGCACAGACACACACACACACAAACACACUGCGAGUAUGUCAGCAGUCGGCCCGGCCUCCCCUCUUCCUGAGGACCCGACCACGCCUCCACCCAUAACUACACCUUCUCGCAAAGUCUCGGUCCGCCUGCAGGAGAGGCGGGGUUCCAACCUCUCACUGCUAUUGGACGUGAGCAGCCUGGGGGCGGAGCCUGUGUGUUCUGUCUCCACCCCGAAGGAGGUCUGGCUCCAGCUGCUUCACACGUCGUCCCGCCCGCUGAAUCAUGCUGCGCUGCAGCACGCCGCCGCGGACACGCACACGCUCAGCGCAGAGUACCAGAAGAUUCCUCCGAACUUCGUGAGCGCAGCAGAGCUGGAUGUUCCCGGCCACGUGAUCAAAGACAGAUACAAGAGCAUCCUGCCCAACCCUGAGAGCCGGGUGGUCCUCAGGAGCCUGGAGGAAGAGGCGGGGCCAGACGGCUACAUCAACGCCAACUACAUCAGGGGUUACAAAGGAGCCCCAGCGGCCUUCAUCGCCACCCAGGGGCCGAUGCCUCACACUGUGGGGGAUUUCUGGGACAUGGUGUGGCAGGAGGGGAGUAGAAUCAUCGUCAUGGUUACCAGACUGAAGGAGAACAACGAGAAAUGUGAGCUGUACUGGCCCCAGCCGACGGAGAGGAAGAGGAAGGUGGAGGAGGGAGAGGAGGAGCAGAGGGAGGAAGAGGAGGAGGAAGGAGAGACAGGUCGAUUCGGCAGAUUCCUCCUCAGAGUGACAGACAGCUGGGAGAAAGACGGCUUCACCGUCACCGACAUGGAGAUCCAGCUGUGCCUGGAGCGUCGUCCCAUCAGACACUACUGGUUCACCUCUUGGCCCGACCACCACAUCCCACAAUGCACCGCUCCCCUGCUAAGACUGGUGGAGGAGGUGGAGUCAUACAGGAAGUCCCUCCUACUGCCAGGCUCUCAGCCAAUCACAGCCACCGUCCGUGGUGCUGGACCAAUCAUCGUCCACUGCAGUGCAGGCAUCGGGCGGACAGGUUGUUUCAUCGUCAGCAGUAUCGGCUGUCAGCAGCUCAGAGAAACCGGCCAGGUCGACAUCCUGGAGACAGUCUGUCAGCUUCGACUCGACAGGGGUGGUAUGAUCCAGACUACAGAACAGUACCAGUUCCUGUACUCCACACUGGCCCAGUACAGCUCCCAGCUACAACACCGACAGGUACUGGACCAGGACCAGAACCAGAACCCAGAGGACCAAGUCACCGAACAGCUGCAGAACCUCCAGCUGGACAAAACACAGACUCAGAAGAACUGACACCAAACAGAACCAACAGGAUGCAGAACCAGAAGUAUUAACCAGAACCAG